UCUGAGAAUACCUCUGACCCUGGUGGCCUGCCGGAAGUUGGGCAGUGGACUGUAGGUAGCCAGGCCCUUUUUGGACCAAAAUUCUGGCUCCUGGAUAGCUCCACCCGCACUGGGGCAGACUUGUAAGCCGCAAAAAACAGGUACCGGUCAGUUGAGCCUCCUCACCACACCACAAUCUUCAAAUGGGAAUCCAGCCACUGUAGGAACUCUAGGCCAGGAAGACGUGAUUUGCCGGGGCCCUUUCUUAACUGCACCGAGGCGGAAGCAAGAUGCUGACGGAGUGCACUGCAGGUUACACACAUCCGGGGGCCGAUCCUGGGAAUGUUUUCUGGUACCGGUAUAUGGGCAGGGUAAACGUGCGUGCCCUCUAGCAGGAUGACAGCAACAUCUUAGAAACAAAACAAUGGAGAACUGGAACCCAUGACUGAUUUUCUUCAAGCCCAGCCCACGGAUCACCGCCAGCCCUUAUCUCAGUGACUGAUAUAGCACAAGAGAGAGCUUGGAAACCUUUCUCCAAGAAUGAAGCUCUGGGGACAGAUAAUUUGGACCCUUCUAUCUGGUCCCGGAGGAAGGAGGAGAGCCCCCCGGGGCUGGGCCUUCAACUCAUGGAAGACUUAUUCAUCUCUGGCUGGGCUGUUGAGUGCCUCAGGGAUGGUUAAUCACUGGACACGGGUCUUUGAGGAAAGAGGUAUCCCAGAGGCCCGGGAAUCCAGUGAGUACAUCGUGGCUCAUGUCCUUGGAGCCAAAACAUUUCAGAGCCUGAGACCAGCACUUUGGACCAAGCCAUUGACCCCUCAACAAUUGGAAUGCAUCCAGGAGCUAUGUAACCAUAGAUUACAGAGGAUGCCGGUGCAGUAUAUCCUUGGGGAGUGGGACUUUCAGGGGCUCAAUCUGAAGAUGGUACCCCCAGUGUUCAUUCCUCGGCCUGAGACAGAAGAACUGGUUGAAUGGGUUUUAGAGGAAGUGGCCCGGAGACCCCCUGAAGUGAAAGCCCAAGAUGGCCCCCUCAUUCUGGAGGUGGGCUGUGGAUCGGGAGCCAUUGCUCUCAGCCUGCUGAGCCAGCUUCCCAAGAGUCAGGUCAUUGCUGUGGAUAAGGAAGAAGCUGCUGUUAGUCUGACCCAGGAGAAUGCUCAGAGGCUUCAGCUGCAGGACAGGAUUCGGAUCAUCCACCUUGAUAUAACCUCAGAGGGGUGCUGCACACACCUUUUGCCCUGGGGCCCCGUGGACUUGGUGGUCAGCAACCCUCCCUACGUCUUCCACAAGGACAUGGAACAGCUGGCUCCAGAGAUCUGCAGUUACGAAGAUCUGGUGGCCCUGGAUGGUGGUGACGAAGGCAUGGACGUCAUCACCCACAUCUUGACCUUGGCACCCCGGCUCUUGAAUGCCUCUGGAAGCAUCUUCUUAGAAGUGGACCCAAGACACCCCGAGCUUGUCAGCAGUUGGCUUCAGAGCCAGCCUGACCUGUACCUUCAUCUUGUGGGUGUCCGUGAAGACUUCUGUGGGAGGCCGCGGUUCCUGCACGUCCAGAAGUCUGCACCAAGUGUGGCUGCUCUGUGAACACCUGGCCAGGACUCUAGCCUGCCAGGCGCCUUGCUCACCCUGCAUGGAGUGCUGCCCAGGGAGAGGUGUACAGCGCUUUCCUGAACCCCUGGCAUGGCCAUGGUUCUGUGAUUCUCCAUGAGGCAUGUUUCUAGGAGGCUCGGAAACACGGAUGGAGUGUUCUUCCUGUGGCAGCAAAGAGCAGAGACCCAAGACCUGGGUUUCCAGCCUGGCUCUGUCCUCUCCGUGUAGCAGGCUACUUGGUUCCUCUUGGUGAAAUUGCUGUGAAGAUGUUGGGAAGUGUGCCCAGUAAAGUAUUGAGAGAGCAAUAAAUGGUAAACCAGUA